GAGGUAAGCAAGUUUUUACGUCUCAAGAUUCAAGAAACUCCCGCCAAAACUCUAUCUCUCUCUCUCUCUCUCUCUCUCUCUGGCCAUGGAGGAACGUCGUCUUCGAUCGAUUUUGUUCCUCGUCAUCCUCUCAUUCCUAGUCUUCGCCGUCGCCGGAAUCACAGAAGAAGAGCUCGAGACCGCCAUUGGCGUCCUUCGAUCGAAAGGCUAUAAUCUCUUCUGCAACGCCAUCGAAACCUCCGAUAUUCUGUAUGAGCUCCUCGACGGCAACGGCGACGGCGGCAGCGGAGAUUCCUUCACCUUCUUCGCUCCCACUGACUCGUCUCUCUACUAUCUGGAUCUGGCAUCACAGGCUUCAGAUUACAUCCAGACCUUACGCUCCCACAUAUCCCCUCAUCGUCUCACCAUCUCCGAUCUUCAAAUUGUCUCUAUGUCUCAUGUGCCUUACCUUGAAAGUCUUGUCCCUCAUCAUGUUCUCUUCAUCGCCAGUAAUCACACUACAGAGGCAAACUUCUCCGCCACUCCCCUGGUCGUCGACGGCGUUCCGAUCUCUAUUCCCGACCUAUACGUGGGUCCCGGCAUUACCGCACAUGGACUCAAUGGAAUUAUUCUAUCUGUCAGAUUUCAGGAAGGGAAGAGCGUUUCUGGCUAUCCGACUAGUCUUCCUCCGCUUCUAUCUCCGACGAUGCGAGAUUUCAUAAGGCCGGCAAGUUUUCCAGCGCAGACUAUGCAAGAUUUGAUAACGCCGGCCACUUCACCAGCACCGAAGAUGCAAGAUUCGAUAACGCCGGUAAGUUCUCUAUCUCCGACGAUUCAAGAUUUGAUUACGCCGGCGAGUUCACCAGAACCGAAGAUGCAAGAAUUGUUAACACCGGAUUUAACAACGCCGGCAAGUUUCCAAGCUCCAGUGAACGUGAAUUCAAGAUUCAGAAAGCGCGGGAAACAUCAUGCUCAUCGCAAGCGCAAGAAACGGCAGGGGAAGAAAGUAAGGAAUGAAUAUCAGAAGAAGUACAAGGACGCUGUGACGGGCUCAGAUUGGGGCGUCAGUAAUUCUUCCUUAUUAUACGCUCGUGUUUGAUGUUUGAUCUUUGAUCUUACUCCGAUGAUUUUCAGUUUCGUUUCGAAACCAAUCGAUUCAAUUUCCGGUUAAAGAUCCAUUUUUCUUUUCCUAUACUUGUGGUAUAUUCAUGUCUGUGAAUUCAGGGCCAUUCAAUUGUUUAGUCCAAUUCUCGGUAU